GGUCCCCCCAAAAACGACGGUCGUGGAAAUGUCCAACGCGCUGACGGUGAAAGGCGAGGCUGUGAGACCGCCUCAAUCACCUGGGGAUGAAUGUGUACAUCAACCAGCCGCUCUCUCGACCUUCUCGUCCAAUCUCUCGUCCUCAGUCAGCCUCCCGGGCCCACAACAGCACGACGUUGAACAGACAAACAACACAGCACCUGGACCAAGCGACCACAUCACAACCACAACACACGGCGACAGCGAAAGACACCACGAAAGACGGAACACGAUUACGUCAACCAUCGGCACAACCACAACUGGCACAGGCGACACGAGAGAUUCGGCCUCUGGCCGUGGGCUGCGUCGUGAGGAGCGUAUUCUAGCGGAUUUGGUCCAUGACUUCAGGGAGGCGGCAGGCUACGAGGCUAGUUUUGAAGAGUGGCCGACCACACUUGAGUAUAAAACGAUGCAUCACCCCGACGGCAGCACAACAGAGGUGUUUGUCGGUGCAACUUUUGAGCCCGAGCCGUGCAUGAUGACCUUGAGGCGAAUUUCUGUGGCUCUACUUCAGCAGUCAGCAAUUGCUCUCGCCAUUGCGAUCGUCCUCGUCUGUUGCACUCUAAUGUUCACCCAUUGGUGUAUGUCGGUAUUUGGCAUCCUUCGCCUCAUUAUAGAUACUCUCGCGCUGCUGCUCCUGCUCGUGCUCGUCACAGAUGGGACCGACCGGCGAAGAAUGAUAGUGCGGCUGAAGAAAGAGUGGCUCGUCUUUCUUCCGUUAUUGGCGCUCGACGUGGCGCUCGGUCUGUUGAUCUCUAUUGGUCGUGGGCUCCAUUUCGACACCCAAGAAAGAAGAAACAUCAUCAUUCCGAUUUACUGGAGCUCAUCUUAUGCGGCUAUAUUUGUGUACGUCUGGCGCGUUGCGGGUUCGUUGAAUAUUAGGGCCAGACGAGAGUAUGUUAUGAAGGUCACGGCAGCUGUCACGAUGGCGCUGACUAUGAUAAUAAUAUGGAGCGUUGCUCUCUCGCCACGAUUUGCUGCUGCAUCAUCCACUGACAGGGACCGAUUCUGGAUGGCUGUCAUAUAUCUCGCAGUCUUCAUGCCCGCUAUCGGACUUGUCAAUAAACUCGUGCGGUCGCUCAAAGUACGAACUGACUAACAGAGCCAAUUAAGAGACAGCGGACUUCGUUUCUCAUGAUGCUAUGUGUAUCCAGGAGGGAGUUCCCACAUGCAAUUCGCUGCUUAUAGCACUGCCUGCGAUAGUCUAUGUGCUCUUCCCACGUCAGUCACCUCUUCAUGGCUGACACACGUACAAUAGGGUGUGUGAUGUUCCUGAUCAGGCAUGCUCCAAGCCGAGGCCGUGACGCUGAACAGCAAACUCUUCUAUUCUGUUCUCAUCUCAAUCUUUGACCUGAUCAUGGACAUUUCCUCCCCCUACUGUACGCGCCUCUGCCAUGGACACAUCAGUGAAUUCUUGGUCAAUUAUGCUUGUCUCCUUCCAUGUAUCAGCGAUUCUACUUUAUCUCUCGGCCCAGAAGUUUGUCAAGGCCCGGUGCAAGAGACGGACACUCACAGCUUAUAGCUUCACUCACAUCGCGGUGACGGCGACCAAAGCGGAGGCGGUCAGUGGAUCAGCCAUGGGCAAGGACAACGACGCUACGAAGACCCAGCACAGAAAGAGAAAGAACAGUCAUCUGCUAAGGCGUCAAAGCUCAAUCAUGACCACAGCGCUGUCUCUCGCUGCUCCAGUCGGAGGGCUGCAGUCGGCCUUGGUCUCACUCGAAGUGUCUCCAAGGUACCCGCGGCCACAAUAGACUCAGACACCAUCUACACAGUGUGCGCUUACGUGUGUACUCAUUGCAGGUAUCUACGUGCACUAUCCGACCAGGUGAACAUCUGGUCCACCUGUGAGUUGGUGGCCCUUUUGUUUACCAACCUGGCUGUACUCACGGCCCAAGCUUACGCAGGCGCGUCAUGGGAGCAGCUUGUGGAGGGAGCCAUGGGUUUGGUGGUACUGGUGGCUAUCGAGCAGCUAUUCGAGCUGUGCGUGCUGUGUGUUUUGAUGAGGUGGAACAACCUUCCCAUGCUUUCGUCCAGGUCUGAGAAAGGCGUUCUUCGCCGUACAAUACUGACAUUGUUCCUGGUCGCCGGCUCCUGGUACGGCGCAUUUAUCGAUCGGUUGCUCACUGCAUUUGUAUGUUUCUGUCUCUCUCUCUCUGUCCGUGUGUGUGUAGCAUUUCCACGUGGCUGCCGUUCUUUUUGAUGUCUCUGCUGCGCACCGUCAGCCGCACAGUUGCACAGCCCAGGGGUAUCACACCUGAGCUAGAGUCGUCCGACCUGGCUGCUUACUGCCCACAUUUCCUUCCUGUCACCUAAGAAGGAGCCGGGCUGCCAGCGUUGUGCUGAUCAUGAGUGGAGAGCUGUCUCGGAGAAGUCAGACACACAGAGCCGAGCAGAGUGAAGUGUGACAUGCAAGGCGACCCGGCGCAAUUGUUGGAUUGGAAUGAACAUAGGGCUCGAUCGGCUCCAGAAGCGUAGGCCAUGGCCAUGUGCAGGAAUCCAUAGAUGGGCACAUAGGAGAGAAGAAGCUGGGGAUGUGGGGCAUCUAUGGGGCUUUACUUAAGUGAGACAUGCUGAGUUUUUUUGAAAAGACUGCUCGUUGUCUCACUGUCUCUGUUCCGGGAGGUUUUUCGUUGGCUGCAGCGCGUAGGGCCAUGCUCUUGUCCUCGUCAUGUACCCUCUGCGAGAUGACAUUCACGCCAGCACAUCAUGCACGCCAUCGCACGCACACCACAAGCAGACAGACGGUCGCUCGACAUUCACAUAUAUGUAUUUGACGACUGCGGCGUGCUGUCCUGCAUGGCGUGAGUAGCACACGGGCUGCGGGCGAGAGGACAGCCGUCGACUGAGCACUUCGGAAAAAAAGAAUCA